GCGAGCCAAUGAGCUGUCUGGUCGAAAAGCGAAAACCUGAGGCCUAGGCCGUUUGCACCAUCGACCUUGCUGUUUCUUGGCUGCAAUGGCCAUGGUCGCCGGCCUAAGAGCCUUUGGGGUGAAGGGGACCAGCUGGCUCUGGCGCAGCCGGUGGGCCCCUCUCUCCGCCGGCUUCUGCAGCCCGGGGUCAGCAGCAACCGCGCGGCCGGAGUCGGAACCACGGCCCACUAGCAUGCGACAGCUGGACGGAAUCAGGAACAUUGUCUUAAGCAAUCCCAAGAAGAGGAAUGCGCUGUCACUGGCCAUGCUGAAAUCUCUCCGAAGUGACAUCCUUCAUGAAGCUGAAAGCAAAGCCCUGAAAGUCAUUAUAAUUGCAGCUGAGGGCCCUGUGUUUUCUUCUGGGCAUGAUUUGAAGGAGCUGACAGAUGUGCAAGGCCGCGAUUAUCACACCGAAGUGUUUCAGACCUGCUCUGAGGUCAUGAUGCUGAUACGGAACCACCCGGUCCCCAUCAUUGCCAUGGUCAAUGGCUUGGCCACAGCUGCCGGCUGCCAGCUUGUUGCCAGCUGUGACAUUGCUGUGGCCAGCGACAAGUCCUCUUUUGCUACUCCUGGGGUGAAUGUGGGGCUUUUCUGCUCCACCCCUGCGGUUGCCCUGGGGAGAGCAGUGCCCAGAAAGAACCUCUUGUUACUUACCGCAGAAACGUGCUCGUGGGGAGAUUCUGUGGUUACCUACACGCCAACGUGCCGACUACAGGUACACGCUGUGAGAGGCGAUCCUUUGCUCAAGUGUCUUCCACAAGGGGGAUGUUUUUGAUAAUUCUAAGAUAGACAUUUGCCUUAAGUGCAUCCAUAUUUAUUUAGUGAAUAUUUCUUAGGUCAUUGCUUUGUUCCCAGACAUUAAAUCAAAAUGUGUUACAGAUCUCUGGUUAGACUCACAGACUGUCUUGUGACUGCAGAGAAAACCAUGAAGCCCCUCAGAGCUAGAAAUUGUUGCACUGGUUUAUUCUCUUCCAACAUGUGACUUGCUGGAAGGUUCCAUGGUCAAGGCUUUUAAAGCCUUUAAAUCAGCCCUAUUGUCAGGAAUGCUUUCUAAAUCAGGGCUUAUCAAAAUUCCUAGAAACUUCAUACUGUAUUGUGUUUAUCAAACUUUGCAUCUGUUUUUUUAAAACGGGGAGGAAAAAUGUAGUCAAAAUAUCCCUUAAAUUCCAUGGAAGCCCAGUUCCCGGAACAGCAUUGCACAAUGUCCAAUGUGAUAGAUGAGGGCAGGGACAUUGUGAACCAGGAUGGCUUUUUCCAUCCCAAAGUUAUUUUUGUCAGGACAAUCUGGCCUGGGGCUGGGAAGAAGGCUCAGUCAGCAAAGAGCCCGCUCUCAAGCAUGAGGAACCGAGUUAGAUCCCAGAACCCACGGAUCAAAGCCUGGUAGUGCACACUUGGAAUCCCAGAGCUGGAGAGGCAGAAACAGGAGCAGCCCUGGGGCUCACCGGCCAGCCAGUCCAAGCAACCAGCAACUUCUCCCCACUGAGGGCUCUGCCUCAAAAAACGAGGUGAACAACUCCGGAGAAACAACACCCAAGGUUGACUUCUGACCUCUGAACACACAUGCACACAUGCACCCACUCAAAUGCACGCACACACAACACAGAUGUGCGUGCAGAGUCAUGUCCUACAUAGAUCUCUGGUCUCUCUUCGUGUUCUGACCCCAGAAGAAGACUGAACUUGAAGAAACACACUGUGCACGUGCCCAUGCAUGUGCUGGUGACAGGUGACUGUCCCUGUGUUUAUCCACAGAGAAGAAGCAAGCAGCAGAUGCUUUUGCAAACUGUCCUGGCCAGGAAGUCUCUGCCCUUUCCCCAUAGAUUGGGACAGCAUGUGUUGGACUCUAGUUCCCUCUGCUGGACACCCUGGGGAACUGCUCCACUGUGUUGGAAAGCAAAGACGGCUGUUUAUCUACUGGGCAAAAGUCAUAGAGAUGUGUCUGCUGUGCCAGGACAUGAAUUAUUCACCUUAUUUUUAAAGUCUUUCUCUUUUUGCAUGAAUUAAAUAAUGCAUCUUCAUUGUGCCAUAUAAAUACCCUGCGGAUUCCAGCUGCUCCCUUCCCCAGCCAGGGCUGGCCACACGCACUCGGAGCCAGUGCCUCAGGCAGUGGGUAUCCCAGGAGAGCUGGAGAAACUCUGAGUCCCUUUCCCAACACCAGUCCCUUCGCCACAGUAGACAUCCCCGCUUCCAUGUACCUACCCACUUGACUGUGUGUCUGCGCACCUGCCAGUCUGAGAGUGGGAUUUAGAAGCUGGAAAGAAAGUUAGACCUCACCCAGACCACAGCCCCCAGAGACUCACUCCCAACACAUACUGUUCGGCAGUGAUGUGUGUGCCCAGCAGAAUUUAGGAAAUGCACUUUAAAAGCACCUAAGAAUCUGAGUGACUUUUCUCAGGCUCCCAGUGAGAUGA